AAAACGCUCAGAACGACGUAUCGAUAAGUCUCUUUCUUGACGUCCAAUAAAAACCAAAUCAAAAAUCGAGUACGCUAAUUGAAUCAAUCACAUCAGCCAAACUUUUCCAAGCAUCAUCAAUAAUAUUUGUUUAUUUUUUUAUCAAACAGUGGAACAAGACAUCCCGUGUAUGUUGUUUGUCACGUAGCGCUUUUGGCGCAACAGAGAGAGACGGAAAGUGAAAGUGUGUCUGGAAUCGAUCGUACAGCUCACGUGUACUCUAGCGUGUUGGUCGUUUGCUUUUUAUCAGUGCCCAGCCAAGUUGUACAAGAGGUAGUUGUAACGAACAAGUGUUCCGUACGACACCUGUCAAAGUUUCGGUAAACAAUUAAAAAUUUCGCAUAUUUGAUCGAUCUCUUGUUCCUACUUAUGUGGUGUGUUUUUAGUUAUUUGUGAAUUGUGUUUUAAGUUUUACAAAAUACGAGGCUUAGUUUUUCAAAAUGGAUAUGACACCUACUUAUUGGGAGGAAAAUUCGAACAUACAGCCCAUUCAGCGGGUUAAAUACGAAAGUUGUAAUGCCCAUGACGAAAGUUCCAGAAUGAAAGAAGAAAGGACAGUUUAUACAUGUUGCGAUACAAAUUUAAAUUUUUCUACAGCUACAUGUAGUGAAGACGAUUGUGAGUAUGGACCCUAUAAAAAGAAUAAAGUAGCUCGGCAAGAUCCAAUGUCACAUCGAAUAAUAGAGAAAAGAAGAAGGGAUAGAAUGAACAAUUGUCUCGCCGAUUUGUCACGAUUAAUACCUACAGAAUAUUUGAAAAAAGGACGAGGGAGGAUCGAGAAGACGGAAAUCAUUGAAAUGGCUAUAAAACAUAUGAAAUAUUUACAACAGGACCAAGGGAAUCCAACUGAGCACUAUCGGCUAGGAUAUCAAGAAUGUAUGUCGGAAGCGAUGCGAUUCAUGGUAGAAGUGGAAGGACAUUUUCCACGUGAAGCCAUUUGCGUCAGACUGUUGAAUCAUUUACAAAAGCACGGAGAUUCGUUUUCCCGUGCUGCCUCGUUCAACGGGAACCACCAUUCUUCAUUGUUGACAGAACACAUUGUACCAGUACCGAACAUACCAGAACCAAUUUCAAAUGACGUAAAUCCCAAGACAGUAGGCUACUCUCUGCCCAAAAUGGAAUCCGAACCCAACAAUAACAACGGCUCUUACAUAGUAACCCCCAAUAGUCAGAUGGUAACAGAAGCUGAGUACGAGAAACACGCAGAUCACCCAGAAACUCAUGCAAUGUCCUACAAAUAUAAGACCAAUAUCAAACUGAGGUUUAACCAAGACAGUAACGUGAGCACUCCAGAGCCCUCGAAAAUUCAGAAACUAGAAAAUGGAAGAAGAAACUCGUUGACGAGUAUAGAAAAUCAGAGUUCCAGCCAUAGCUCCCCUCCAAGCAGCGAGCCCUGCACACGAAUCUCAGACAGCGACAACACACACAGGAGAUCUCCAUCGGACAGCACGUCCUCAGUACACAAACUAGAACCUCCCAGAGCCGAAGUGAUCCAAAGGUACUCCCCCAGCAUCAAAGCAUCGAUCCCAGUAGACACCAAACAGAACUUCAACGUCCCGAUCUUCGUCCUGCACGCCAAAGGAUCAUAUUACAUCCCUCUCACCAUCGAUUAUAAGUCCCUACUUCCGUUCCUGCACAAUUAUGAUUUGUUGGAGAACAUGCCCAUGCACGUCCUUCAUCCUGUCACUAUAAACGUAAAUUUUUCUCCUAAUUUCACCGAAGGCAGCAAAUAUAGCAUCAACAAUUGGCAUUAGAUAGACGAGGAAGUACUAAAAGGCUGUGAUGGUCAGGUUAACUCUUAAGACUGAUGUAAAAAUUAUUACAUAGGCUGUAGAUAACUGGUAAAAGUCUUUAUUUUUAGACCUAAAUAUGUAAACUUUUUAUUCGAAGUGGAACCUGAUUGAUAACUGUUCAUUUUUGUAUAAUGUUCUGACAUAUUACCGUAUAUUUUUGUUUUUUUUCGAUUUCCGUUAAAAAUUGGACACAAACAGUGGUAGGACCUCCAUAUUGGAUGCUAAUUUGCAAUUCUGCUCAGCUUAAUAGGGUAAACACUUCACGUCAAUGCUUAAAAAAACAUUGUAAUGAAGUAUCAUCGAUAAUGUUGAUAUUUUGACAUAUCAUAACUAUUAAACGCGACUUUACAACGUUAGGCAGUUUGUUUCGUGAAAAGUUACAGACGAUUUAGUAGAAAAAUUUCAAAAAUUCAAGUCUCGGAUAUCUGUAGCUCUUAAAAUAGAGACAGACACAAGUGACUCUAAGUAUACACCAAGAAAAAGUUCUAUAACUCUUUUCGGCAAACCGGAUUGGAAUUUGAACCACCAAAUUUUUGCUACAUGUUCCACAGUGGUCCACAAAAUGAACCACUUACUAAUCUAUUUUUUUCAAGUUACACCUACGCAAGAGGUUGGAAUUACUUAUUCCCUCUGCCCCUAUUAAGUAUAAUCAUUAAUUGGUAAAAUUUGCACGGUUUAGUUAUCAACCAAACGCAAAUGGUUAUCAGUUGUUUCUUGAAAAGUGUGGUCAUUUUACACGUGCAACUGAAUCUCGUGCCGCAAAGAGAUAAAUGGUACAAAAAGAAUGAAGAAUAAUUUUCAAUAACACCGAUUUUAUUUAUUUGGCCAGUUUAUGACCAAAUUCGGUCAUCUGAGCGCAAUCUACAAACCUGUCUUGUUACUACAAACUACUUACAGAUCACUUCCGAAGAGAUAAAAAAUUUAGAGACGUCUUAACCAAUUUUUUGGAAUACUUCAGUAGUUUUGUCUUUUUUCUCUGUAUUGUAGUCUUUAUUUAGAAAUCAAAUAGAUAUCUCUAUUGACUUCAAGACUGAUUGCACGACUUUAACAAUAAUACAAAUUUUAUGAUAUACAGGGUGUUUGGUAAAGAAUGGGCCAUAGCUUAACAUUAGAUUCCUGAGGUUAAAAUAGGUCGAUUAAAGCUAACUUACCUGAGUACAAAAGUUGAUAAUAACGGAAAUACAGGGUGUCAAAGUUAAACUUUUAUUUUAUUUAUUUUUGAAUAUUUCCUGACAGGCAUGGGAGAACAACACGAAAUUUGGUACGUGAUGCUGGUACUGUACACUGUACACCCUACAAAAUUAUGUUAAAAAAACGUUUCUGGCUACUACCAGAGGCGUACGACGGGGGAACGUAAAUGGUUGACCCUUCCCGAAUUCUACGCUACUGGCGGAAUUGGUAUUUUAGUGCAAUUUUUUUAUUUUCCAAUACUUUCUAUGUAAAUAACAUACUAUGCAUUCGUAACGAUAAAGCCAUUAGUUUUCGAGAUAUUUGAAGCUAAAAACGAAGGAGCAUAAUACUUUAAUCAAAAUAACUGUGCCUUUUCAUUUUUAACUUCAAAUAUCUCGAAAACGAAUGACUUUAUCGUUGCGAAUGAAGAGUAUAUUAUUUGCAUAGAAAGUAUUGCAGAAUCUAAAAAUUAUGCUCAAAUAGCAGCUUCAUCAGUGGCGUAGAAUUUGGGAAGGGUCAACCAUUCACUUUUUCCUGUCGUACGCCUCUGGUAGUAGCCAGAAACGAUUAUUUGACAUAAUUUAUUAGGGUGUACAGUGCCUACACUUUCUGCCAAGUAUGACACGGAUAUGUCAAAUAAUUUUAAAAUAUAUUUUUUAAUAAUUUAUUCUUUAUUUAAAACUUUAAUAACUAUGUUUGCCCGGUACUAUAAAACUAUUUGACAUAUCCUUAUGAUACUUGGCAGAAAGUGUAGGUACUGUAUUGUUCAAGCAAUCUAUAUAGUGUAAUAGGUAAGAUUUGUAGCUUUGGGUAGUUCUUCUUUAAGCUAUUAGGCCGGCAGCUGGUUUUUUCUGGUAAUUAAAUAUGUAGUUAAAAAUAUUUCUUUAUACUUAGGUAAAUACCGUUAAAGCAGGACAUAACAUCGUAUGUGUUAAAAUUAAUUUGAUCAAUUUUUUAAUUACAUUUAACCUCACAGGGACCCUCCCUCUUACCGCAUGCUUGCAUUAAUAACUGAUGUAGAAUAGCUUUUAUAAUUAAUCUUGUUAUUGUAAGAAUUAUUGAUACUAAAAGAACUUUAUAAAAACACAGUUAGAUCUAAAAUUACUUUAGGUAUACAGUUCAAAACUUUUAAAAUUCAGCAAAAAAUGCAAGCAUGUCCCCGUUCUUUUUUUAUUUAUUAAAAAUACAAAAUCUAAAAAUAUUUUUUUAACCGAGUCUUUUCAUUACUACACUUACACUUACUACACUUAUGCUUGGAAAAUGAAUUGCACAACACAACAAUUAAAAUACUGAUACACUUAACUCAUUUUCUCCUUCUUCCGUAUUUUCUUCGUUACUAUCAUCGCCCAAUUCAAUAAUAAAUUUAUUUCCACCAUUAAUGUGGAAGUGCCCAAUCUUCUUAUAAUAUUCUUCCACUUUGAUCACUUUGGCGAUUCUUUUCUGCCAGUCUACUUUGGUAAUAUUGGCUACUUCUUUUUUAAUUAUCUCAAUUACCUUUUUGUCAAAUUUAGGAAAUUUAUUUGAACGCCUUAUACUUGGUUUGAAUUGUCCCCAAAUUAACUCAAUAGGAUUGAAAACACAAAAAUAGGGGGGAAGUCUCAAUAUAGUGUGUCCAUGCUUUUCGGCAAUACUCUCUAGAGCAGGAGUGGGCAAAAGCCGGCCCACGGGCCGGAUCCGGCCCUUUUGCUUACUUAAUCCGGCCCGUUGAAAAAUCCCGCAUGCAAUUUGUGUAUCUCUUUUUCCUACGGGCGCGACAUCACUAUUCGCAUUAAUUAAAUUACGAUAAUCAACACUUUACACUCUCCAAACGAAAUACUAAACCAAUAUUCAAAAUAAUUACAGCAAACAAAACACUCGAAUCACUACACUGCUACCGAACUAAAACUACUAUCGUAUAUGAAGAAUAUCAUAUUUCACCGGCUUAAAGCUAUUCCACAAUAUGUUUUACUUGGACAAUACACCCUACCUUACAAUACAAUACCUUAUGUUAAAUAAUCUUUUCUGGUUAAUACCAGAGGCGUACGACAGGGGAAAGUGAAUGGUUGACCCUUCCCAAAUUCUACGCCAAUGAUGAAACUGCUAUUUUAACAUAAUUUUUAGAUUCUCGAAAACUUUCUAUGCAAAUAAUAUACUCUUCAUUCGUAACGAUAAAGUCAUUAGUUUUCGAGAUAUUUGAAGUUAAAAAUUAAAAGGCACACUUAUUUUGAAUAAUGUAUUAUGCUCCUUCGUUUUUAGCUUCAAAUGUCUCGAAAACUAAUGGCUUUAUCGUUACGAAUCAAGAGUAUGUUAUUUACAUAGAAAGUAUUGAAGAAUCAAAAAAUUGCACUAAAUAGAAAUUCCGUCAGUGGCGUAGAAUUUGGGAAGGGUCAACCAUUCACGUUCCCCCGUCGUACGCCUCUGGUAGUAGCCAGAAACGUUUUUUAACAUAAUUUAGUAAGGUGUACAAUACCAGCACCACUUACCAAAUUUCGUGUUGUUGUCCCAUGCCUGUCAGGAAAUAUUCGAAAAUAAAUAAAAUAAAAGUUUAAUUUUGACACCCUGUAUUUCGGUUAUCAACUUUUGUUCUAAGGUAAGUUAGCUUAAAUCGACCUAUUUUAACCUCAGGAAUAUAAGGUUAAGCUAUGGCCCAUUCUUUACCAAACACCCUGUAUAAUUACAUAGGAGAAAAUGAAUCCUUGUUUUCCUUUUUUACAUUUGUUGUAAUUUUUUUGUCUCGAUUUCUAGGCUAUAUAACUGACUUUAAGUCAGUAGUAUUAUAAUUCUGCAUUAUUUACUGUCUGGUUGUUUCCUUUUCAAUAACAUCCAAAAUGUAUCUCAGAUAAUCUUGUCAGAAGCCUUUUUGUAGUCGAUGAAAUAAUCACGGAAAUCUUUGUUGACGCCUAGGCUAUAUUGACAAUAUUGGUACAAAAGAGAACUGGAUUAAAAUGAAAUAGGUACCCGGAGAUAUAUAUGUACUUUCUUUUACGUUUAUAAACCAUUGCUUUGUGUCCAAUUAUUAACGUGACAGCCUAUACAGCUCCAAUUGUCCAAUAUGGGCCUUAGCUACUUUCAGGGAUUAUAUCCUGCUGAAACAGGAUCGGUGGAUGGCCGCAUUUUUUGCCUUGAACGUAUUCGAGGAGGUAUUGUCACUAUAAAAUAAAAUUUUAUUGUAAGAAUAUAUAUUAAAUACAAAAAUAUUGUUUAAAA